CUGUCCUAUCUAAACGGCCUCAAGCUGCUAACUAAUCGAAAGCUGAUUGCUACUAAUAAUAAACCAGUCUCUCUGAAACCACGUAUACUAUUCAAACUGGCCUCCUUCAGUGUUCGCACACUAAUCCAAACCGGACAACAUAUUGGGCUGGUUAUGUUUUUAGAAAGUCUCAACAUCGACGUUUGUUGUCUGUCCGAGACCCGUAUUCAAGACCCUAGUGAAGUACUACAAAUUCGCUCUCCAUCUGUCUCUUCUGAAAGCUUGUUUCACGUAUGUUUAUCCGCAGACCCUGUGGCAUUGUCUGGUUUUGCUGACGUUGAUGUCUCACUAAGCGCUAGAGCUUUAAGCAGCACUGGUCGAUUGUAUCCACAUUAACAGUCGGCGAUGUGUAGUUUGGUUAGAGAGCUCCAUCAAAAUGAGAAGAAAUCGGUAUGAGAACUGAUGCCCUUUCGUCAUCUCCGUUUACGUUACGACAGAUUGCAACCCAGGUGCGAUCAAGGAUGAGUUUUUCCACUAGUUAACCGUUCGUCUACAGAAUGUGCGUUCGACAGAUAUUAUGGUACUAGUCGGAGACAUGAACGCUCAUGUCGGGCGUCUGGGUACAGAAUAGAGUAGUUUAAGUGGCUGGUGGGGACUUGUUGUUUUCAGGUCAGAUAACAGUGACUGUCUGCUGUAACUUUGCGCAAACUAUAACCUGUUUCUGGCUAGUGCUAACUACCGGUACAGUCAUUGCCGACGUGCUACUUUGUGUCCUCCCUCUGCAUCUCAAACCUGUACUCAGAUUGAUCACAUCGCGUCCGCUGGCGUGGUGGUAUACGAGACUGCUGCGCCUUUUGGAGUACCUAUCUGAACUCCGAUCAUGCCCUUGUUUUGGGCUAAUCUUACCUUACGUUUCAGUGGCCAACGAAUUCGUCCUAAACAGAGCAUACUAAGGAGUUGACAGCAGCAGCUGUGUCUGGUAACUGCCGAAUGCUCUUUCAGCUCGUACGAGUUACGGGCAUUAAGAAGUCUAGUGUAAGUGGAACAACCGGUGAUGACGGGAUGCCAAUCACUAACAUCUACCGACGUCUUGGACGAUGGGCAGUUUUCAGAGCAGCAGUUCAACUGGUCUGUUGCCCCGGAGAUAUCGAUCAGACUGUCAUACCCUCCAUGGCCCGUGACGAGUCACCCACCUAACGAGACGGAAGUCCUGACCGUUGCUGCCACCUUGAUGUGGUGGUCAGACUUGCCUAUCGUGAUGAAGCAACCGAGCUAUGCUGACUGGAACAAUCGUUUUUCAAGUUUCUACCAUGUCAGAAAGGUCAAUUGAAGAACAACAAGACUGAAAGCGGUAAACCCAAGGUCCGAAGACAAAGUCCUACUGCUGACUGUACAGAGGUGUGACGGCAGUAAGGUGUUUUCUUCAGACAACCAGCAUCUGCAGCGAUGCUGCCUUCCCACAAGGAAGGGUGGGGUUUGAAAAGGUCAACCUUAAAAAUGCACACCUCACCUUAUCCACGGAUAUCCGUCUCCGACGGUAAGGUCUCAAUAAGUACGGAGC